CACCCUCUGUCUCCUCCAUUUCUAUAUUUUUGCCAGCUUUAUAUCCCCCUUUCUCUUUUGCAACACACCUUUCUCUCUCUACACUCAUCAAAUCAUUCACUCUUCUUCAUCUUUUAGAGAGAGAAGCAGCAGCAACACAGCGCGGCGAUCUCGUCAUAAAGCCGUUUGGAGAUUGUACAACUUGGAAUUCACAAGGACUUCUCUUAUUUAUUUCUGGGAGUAACAGUAAUAAGAGAGGUCUUUACGCAAUGUCUAGCACAACAAAAGCUUUGGAGCCUGCAUUUCAGGGUGCGGGGCAGAAACUUGGAACUGAAAUUUGGAGAAUUGAGAAUUUUCUACCAGUAGCAUUGCCAAAAUCUGAUUAUGGCCGGUUCUAUUCGGGGGAUUCGUAUAUUAUCUUGCAGACAAGUCCUGGAAGGGGAGGUGCUUAUCUGUAUGACAUACACUUUUGGCUAGGAAAAGAUACAAGCCAGGAUGAAGCUGGAACAGCAGCUAUAAAGACUGUAGAGCUUGAUGCAAUUCUUGGUGGACGUGCAGUGCAGUACAGAGAACUCCAAGGUCAUGAGUCCGAUAAAUUUUUAUCAUACUUUAAACCAUGUAUUAUACCACUCGAAGGAGGUGUUGCCUCAGGAUUUAAGAAACCCGAGGAGGAAGAAUUUGAAACACGGCUAUAUGUCUGUAAAGGAAAACGAGUUGUUAGAUUGAAGCAGGUCCCCUUUUCUCGGUCUUCAUUGAAUCAUGAUGAUGUCUUUAUUCUGGACACCAAAGAGAAAAUUUUUCAAUUUAACGGCGCAAACUCCAAUAUUCAGGAAAGGGCCAAAUCCUUAGAAGUGAUUCAGUUUUUAAAAGAAAAGUAUCACGAGGGAAAGUGUGAUGUCGCAAUUGUUGAUGACGGAAAGCUACAGGCGGAGUCCGAUUCUGGUGAAUUUUGGGUCAUAUUUGGCGGUUUUGCUCCAAUUGGUAAAAAAGUUGCUAGUGAAGAUGAUGCUAUUCCCGAGAAGACCGCUCCUAAACUGUAUAGCAUUAUAGCUGGUCAAGUCAAUGAAGUAGAUGGUGAUCUGUCCAAAUCGUUAUUGGAAAAUAACAAAUGCUUUUUAUUAGAUUGUGGUGCUGAAGUUUUUGUUUGGAUUGGUCGGGUAACACAAGUAGAUGAUAGAAAAGCUGCUAUUCAAGUCGCUGAGGAAUUCAUUGCUAGUCAAAAUAGACCAAAGUCAACACAUGUAACCCGUCUCAUUCAAGGGUAUGAAACAAAUACAUUUAAGUCCAAAUUUGAUUCGUGGCCUUCAGGCUCAGCACCAUCUGCUCCUGAAGAAGGUAGAGGAAAAGUAGCAGCUUUGCUCAAGCAACAAGGUGUUGGCCUAAAGGGAGCGUCUAAGAGUUCUCCCGUUAAUGAGGAAAUCCCACCUUUGCUUGAAGGAGGUGGAAAAACUGAGGUAUGGCGCAUCAAUGGAAGUGCUAAGACUCCCGUGCCAAAAGAAGAUAUUGGUAAAUUUUAUGGUGGAGAUUGCUACAUUGUUCUCUACACCUAUCACCCUCAUGAUAAGAAAGAAGAUUAUUACUUAUGCUACUGGAUUGGGAAGGACAGUGUUGAGGAAGACCAGAAGAUGGCAGCUCGAUUAGUUGUCACAAUGUCUAAUUCAUUGAAAGGACGACCCGUGCAGGGUCGUAUAUUUCAAGGGAAAGAGCCACCGCAGUUUAUUGCCAUCUUUCAACCUAUGGUGGUCCUUAAGGGCGGAAUAAGUUCUGGCUACAAAAAUUAUAUUGCUGACAAAGGUCUGAAUGAUGAAACUUACAAUGCUGAUUGUGUUGCGCUGAUUGAAAUAUCAGGAACUGCUGUGCAUCACAAUAAAGCUGUUCAAGUUGAUGCAGUGGCUACCUCUUUGAACACUAAUGAGUGUUUUAUUGUGCAAUCUGGAUCUUCUAUUUUCAUUUGGAAUGGAAGUCAAAGUACAGUAGAGCAACAACAGCUAGCUAUCAAAGUUGCAGACUUUUUAAAGCCUGGCGCAGUUGUGAAACAUGCUAAAGAAGGAACUGAAAACUCAUCUUUCUGGUUUGCCCUUGGAGGAAAACAAAGUUACACCAGCAAAAAAGUGUGUCCGGAUGUCGUUCGUGAUCCCCACUUGUUUACCUUCUCAAUUGAUAAAGGAAAAUUUGAGGUGGAGGAAGUUUACAAUUUUUCACAAGAUGAUCUGUUGACGGAGGAUGUUUUGAUUCUUGAUUCACAUGCGGAGGUGUUUGUCUGGGUUGGUCAGUCUGCAGAUUCAACUGAAAAGCAAGACUCGCUCGAGUAUGGCCAGAAAUAUAUUGAUAUGGCCGUGUCUCUUGAUGGGCUGUCCCCGUAUGUACCUCUGUACAAAGUCACAGAAGGAAAUGAACCAUGCUUCUUCACAACAUUCUUUUCAUGGGAUUCAUCUAAAGCAACCGCUUACGGAAAUUCAUUCCAAAAGAAAGUUAUGCUGCUUUUUGGGACUGGUCACUCGGCAGAGGAUAAAUCAAAUGGGACAAAUCAAGGAGGACCAACUCAAAGAGCUUCAGCUUUGGCUGCACUAAACUCUGCAUUUAGUUCGUCUCCUGGGCCUAAACGCGAUGCUUCUCCAAAAUCAGCAGGAGUGAGUCGAGGAUCGCAAAGAGCAGCAGCCGUAGCUGCCUUAUCUUCUGUUCUUACUGCUGAAAAGAAGGGUUCGCCUAGUUCCUCACCAGCCCAGUCCAGUAAAAUUCCUCCCACAGAACCAAUGCACUCUGGAAAGAGUGAGAACUUACCUGAGGUUACAGAUUCCGAAGAAACUACGGAAGUUGAGGAGACACAGAUUGUUCAGCCUGUAUCAGAGAAUGAGGAGUCAGAACCAAAACCAAAAGUAGAGCAGGAGGAAAAUGGUAGUGGAAGUCAAAUCACAUUUGAUUAUGAACGGUUGAAAGCAAAAUCUGAUAACCCGGUCACUGGAAUUGAUUUUAAGCAAAGAGAGGCAUAUCUCUCUGACGAGGAAUUCCAGACUAUAUUUGGGAUGUUGAAAGAAGCAUUCUAUAAGUUGCCAAAGUGGAAGCAAGACAUGCUAAAGAAAAAAGUUGAUCUCUUUUAGCAUUGAACUUGAGAAAAUCCUAUAUAUAUUUCCCCCCUCGUCAUUGUCUUUGCCUACAAUAUUUAGUGUGCCUCGGCCUCGUUACUGUCUUGACAAGGAAACUUUGCUUUUAUGAUGGUGCCCCAAUUUCUUCUGGUUGCCACGUGAUGAGCAUACCUACGCUUAUUGGCAUUUUAAGCCUGCCCUGAGUGUUCCCCCUCCCCUUUUUUUUUUCUGUUGCAUUUGUUUUGCUUAUAGAUUGUAGGUAUAGAAAGAUAUGGGCAGGCUAAUUCUUUAGUUUGAUUUGAGAAUGUAUCAAGGUUUGUCAAAUUUUACAGAUUCCAUUUUUUUCUUCUGGAAUUAUUUAUUCAUUAAAAAUGGAAAAGUGUAUAUGCAUUGUAUGGGUGAUCAGUUCCAGCCGUGAUGUUUGUAGGCUGUGUCUGAGAUGUUUGCUAUCAGAAGUAUUAUUUUCGGAGUA